AACACUUCUAAAGUGAAUCCUAUAAUAAAUACUACGGUAACUGAGUGCACUGUUUCUCAAAUGAAACAAUACUGGCUGAGCAGAAGACUCUGUUAAAUCAAUUUUGAAAAUAAUAAUAAUUAAGUAGCUAAGUAACUGUACUUUACAAAGUGAUCUAUAUUGUAUUUUUCCUCAAUUUUUCAGCUUUACCCACCGUUCACACCUAAAAUCGUUUAAGAAUUGCUUGUAAAAUCUACACCCUCGCACAGUAUGAUUUGGCUUGCAAUACUAUUAAUAUGUCCAUCGAUUUCACUGGCUUUCAACAUCCCCAAUACAAAUUUAUAUGGCGAUAGUCGCGAUCAGAGUGAUUUAAAUCAUCGUGGGGUGCCCACAACUGAAAUACCUGACAUUGAUGACGGUGAUGAUAGGUGUGUUGGGCGUAUCGAGAUGAUACGGUUUAGUACAGGGCCACAGGUAGGAACAGUACACCAUGAUAUAACAACAAUACAACUGAAUUCGUUUACCCAACCACAUCGGACGGAAGAAUCACUUCUCCGAAUGCCUCUUUACAAAGCAUACAAACAGCAAUCAACAAUCCGAAUUGAUAGUCCAACUUGUGACCAAACCGAUAUUGAAUUCAAAGGCUUCUCAAUAAUUGCGAAAGGAAAUAAGCCCAAACCGUUCAACGCAAGAGUCUCAAUGCAACGGCAGUUCAAUUCAAACGACCGUCAUAAUGAGAAACUCAGCUUAUACGCAUCGAAUGGGACAACGUAUGAAAAUUGUUAUGGAUUUAUUCAAUAUUUGAGAAUACUUCAAACGGAUGAACAAGAGCCAGAUGCUAUAACAGUAGUAAAACUCCAUAACGAGGAGCUUACACACUACACAUUGAUUCCACACCAUCGCGAAUUAAUAAUGGAUGCAUAUUUCUAUGGCUACGAAGUACAACUCUUAACCAAUUCUUGUACAGAUAGCGAUGAUCGUGGCUUUGCUUCAUUUCGAAUUAUCCGACAAGAUGUACCGUAGUGCUGGAAGUAAAUCAAAGAAAGAAGACGAAAAUUCAGCCGUAAAAUUGCAUAAUAAACAGAAUAAAUUGAAUCAAAAUCAAAAUAAAUGAUUAAAUAUACCUAAAUGAAUACUAAGGUGGUCCGAAGAAGGGUCAGUUUUUUCGUGUUUCGCGAAGCUUUAUCGCCAAUUUGACUCGGAAAGAUUGGAUUUGAGUGGUCAAAAUUUUGUGGUUUCACUUCAACAGAAUACAUCUAGAAGUGUAUCCAUUGAUAUGUCUAAUCAGUACAUUUCUUGAAAUGAUCAAUAAUAAUUUGGAGGUGCAUUCGUUUCAACCAGAAAUUUUGCUUUAUGAUGCAGAAAAAUCAAUUUUAUUCGGUGAUGAUGCAAAUUGCAAAAUGGUUUUAACAGUAAACUAACACCAAAAGUAAUUUAUUUCUCACACUAUUACUAGUAAUGUUUGGCUUAAUUUUGAUGUUAUCAUUGCAAUAAACCCACAGCUCAUUCAGUAAUUGCUAAGCUAAGCAUUAUCUCUGACAUUUUAUUUGAACAUAUUUUUCUCUUUAGUCUCCAAUUUCGAACGUUUGAAAAAAAAGAACAAAGAACUUGCUCCAGAUUUCACAACUUGUUUUUAAAAAAAAAACGGUAGUGACGGAUUUUCUGGUGCGUAGUGAUAAGUACAGUUUUUGAUUUAUUGCAUACUUGAUCGUCAUUGCGAUAUUUGAAAAUUCUGUUCGGGCAGUUUGCUAUAUAUAAAAUUUAAUUAUAACGGUUGUUAAGUAACAAAUAUUUCAAUAUUCCGAUGGG